UGGAGCAGAGCGCUGGGGCGGCGCGGCGCGGCUCGGUGCAUUUCCAGGGGCCGCGCUCCAGUGCGCCGUAGAGAACCCUGAACUCGGAGCGCUGAAAGUCCCAGCAGGGCAAGGGGGCGCGGCGUCCUGGUCCUCGCGCUUGGGAGACAGAUGCGCCUGGGCGUCGGGGCAUGCGGACCUAAGCUCGGGUGAAGCUCUCGGGAAGGGCAAGACGGCUGCGACAAGAUGCGAGCAGAAGAGCCCAGCGUCCCGGGAGCCCAGCGCGCGCCGGGCCCCGAGCUGCGCCUGUCCAGCCAGCUGCUGCCCGAGCUCUGUACCUUUGUGGUGCGCGUCCUUUUCUACCUGGGGCCUGUCUACCUAGCUGGCUACCUGGGGCUCAGCAUAACCUGGUUGCUGCUCGGCGCCCUGCUGUGGAUGUGGUGGCGCAGGAACCGCCGCGGGAAGCUCGGGCGCCUGGCCGCCGCCUUCGAAUUCCUUGACAAUGAACGCGAGUUCAUCAGCCGCGAGCUGCGAGGCCAGCACCUGCCAGCCUGGAUCCACUUCCCGGACGUGGAGCGGGUCGAGUGGGCCAACAAGAUCAUCUCUCAGACCUGGCCCUACCUGAGCAUGAUCAUGGAAAGCAAGUUCCGGGAGAAACUUGAGCCCAAGAUCCGGGAGAAGAGCAUCCACCUGAGGACCUUUACCUUUACCAAGCUCUACUUUGGACAGAAGUGCCCCAGGGUCAACGGUGUCAAGGCACAUACUAACAAGUGCAACCGAAGGCGUGUGACUGUGGACCUGCAGAUCUGCUACAUCGGGGACUGUGAGAUCAGUGUGGAGCUGCAGAAGAUUCAGGCUGGUGUGAACGGGAUCCAGUUGCAGGGCACCCUGCGGGUCAUCCUGGAGCCCCUCCUAGUGGACAAGCCCUUCGUGGGAGCCGUGACUGUGUUCUUCCUUCAGAAGCCGCACCUACAGAUCAACUGGACUGGCCUGACCAACCUGCUGGAUGCACCGGGAAUCAAUGAGGUGUCAGACAGCCUGCUGGAGGACCUCAUUGCUGCCCACCUGGUGCUGCCUAACCGUGUGACUGUGCCUGUGAAGAAGGGGCUGGAUCUGACCAACCUGCGCUUCCCUCUGCCCUGCGGGGUGAUCAGAGUGCACUUGCUGGAGGCAGAGAAGCUGGCCCAGAAAGACAACUUCCUGGGGCUCCGAGGCAAGUCAGAUCCCUACGCCAAGGUGAGCAUUGGCCUGCAGCAUUUCCGGAGUAGGACCAUCUACAGGAACCUGAACCCCACCUGGAACGAGGUAUUUGAGUUCAUGGUGUACGAAGUCCCUGGGCAGGACCUGGAGGUCGACCUGUAUGAUGAGGAUACCGACAGGGAUGACUUCCUGGGCAGCCUGCAGAUCUGCCUUGGAGAUGUCAUGACCAACAGAGUGGUGGAUGAGUGGUUUGUCCUGAAUGACACAACCAGCGGGCAGCUGCACCUGCGGCUGGAGUGGCUUUCAUUGCUUACCGACCAGGAAGCUCUGACCGAGGACCAUGGUGGCCUUUCCACCGCCAUUCUCGUGGUCUUCUUGGAGAGCGCCUGCAACUUGCCGAGAAACCCUUUUGACUACCUGAAUGGUGAAUAUCGAGCCAAAAAACUCUCCAGGUUUGCCAGAAACAAGGUCAGCAAAGACCCUUCUUCCUAUGUCAAACUAUCUGUAGGCAAGAAGACACAUACAAGUAAGACUUGUCCCCACAACAAGGACCCUGUCUGGAGCCAGGUUUUCUCCUUCUUUGUGCACAGUGUGGCCACUGAGCAGCUCCAUCUGAAGGUGCUUGAUGAUGACCAGGAGUGUGCUCUGGGAACGCUGGACGUCCCCCUGUGCCAGAUCCUCCCCUAUGCUGACCUCACUCUUGAGCAGCGCUUUCAGCUGGACCACUCAGGCCUGGACAGCCUCAUCUCCAUGAGGCUGGUGCUUCGGUUCCUGCGAGUGGAGGAACGAGAGCUGGGGAGCCCAUACACAGGACCUGAAGCCCUAAAGAAAGGCCCUCUGCUCAUCAAGAAGGUGGCUACCAACCAGGAUCCCAAAGCCCCACCUCAGGAAGAAGGCCCUACAGAUUUGCCUUGUCCCCCAGACCCUGCGUCUGAUACUAAGGACACAUCCAAGAGUACCACAACCACCACCAGUGCUACCACCGUUGCCACUGAGCCCACACCCCAAGAGACAGGCCCAGAGCCUAAAGGCAAGGACAGUGCCAAAAGGUUCUGUGAGCCCAUGGGGGAGAAGAAGAGUUCAGCCACCAUCUUCCUGACUGUCCCGGGUCCCCACUCUCCAGGGCCCAUCAAGUCACCCAGACCCAUGAAAUGCCCUGCCUCCCCAUUCGCAUGGCCACCCAAGAGGCUGCCUCCCAGCAUGUCCUCGCUCAACUCCUUGGCCUCUUCUUGCUUUGACCUGGCAGAUAGCAGCCUCAACAUUGAAGGCGGAGACCUCAGGCGACGGCAGCUGGGCGAGAUUCAACUCACAGUGCGCUAUGUGUGUCUGCGGCGCUGCCUCAGCGUGCUAAUCAAUGGCUGCAGAAACCUGACACCAUGUACCAGCAGUGGAGCUGAUCCCUACGUCCGUGUCUACUUGUUGCCAGAAAGGAAGUGGGCAUGUCGUAAGAAGACUUCAGUGAAGCGGAAGACCUUGGAACCUCUGUUUGAUGAGACAUUUGAAUUUUUUGUUCCCAUGGAAGAAGUAAAGAAGAGGUCACUAGAUGUUGCAGUGAAAAAUAGUAGGCCACUUGGCUCACACAGAAGAAAGGAGUUAGGAAAAGUACUGAUUGACUUAUCAAAAGAAGAUCUGAUUAAGGGCUUUUCACAAUGGUAUGAGCUGACUCCAAAUGGACAGCCCAGAAGCUGAUGAUGAGAAUCCUUAUCACUCACCUUUAUAUUAAAAUGUGUAUAUAUGUAUAUAUAUUUUUCCUUUGGAUCACUUACAUCAAAUAUAUGUAUAGUUUUUCAUUUAAAUCAGAACCACUUGAAAUUAUACAUUCUUGUGUGGAAUUUAACUGCAUGACUGAAUAGCAUAAGGAAGAGGUUAUUUAAAAGCAAGAACUACUUUUUUUAGUUGGAUUUUUUUGUUCAAGUCCAGCAAGAAAUGACAUUUGUGCCUACUAAAUUAUCCAAACCUCAGUGAUUAUUUUUCACUUUUAGUAGGUAAUUGUAUACCAUCUGAUUUAGGACUUACCUGAAUGUAUGUACCAGAAAGUGUCCUGCCCCUGGCAUAGGGGCUGGGGGAGAUCUGUUUCUGGAGCCACUACCAGCAUUCCUGGGCAGUGACUGGCCAAAGGGAAGUUGCUUUUUUAUGGAAACAGAAAGUGACCCAACUCAAAACUGCCAAGAGCUAACACUGCCAAAGCUCUUCUGGCUGCCACCUGUGGUACUUGUAUGCCUGGAGAUUUGUUCUUUAAUUUGACCUGGAGCUAAAAAUGUUAUUUCCCUACUGGCAAAAAUGUUAUACUGAUAUACUUAAAUACCUUGAGUUAAAUACUCUUGUGUAGUGUAAGGGCCAAAUUCCAGCAUGUAGCAUUAUUUCCCUAGGAAAAUGCAAACCAACUUCCAAACCCAGGUCUAUGUCUGACUCUCAUAGCAAAGCACUGGAGACUGCUGAAGAGUUUCACCAUCAGAGAAAAGGAAGCUUUCAGAUAAGUUUAGGCUAUUCAACUUUUCUAAAGAGAUGGUUAGUUCACCUAAAUGGCAUGUUAAAAGCAAAAUAUAUAAAUUAUAUACUUAAA